AGUAGUUCAGGAGGUCGAGCGGUCGUCCAAUAACCAGAAGGUUGGCGACUCGAUUCCCGCCUAUCCCUAGUCUGUCCGUUGUGUCCUUGGGCAAGACACUUACCCCACCUUGCUCCCAGUGUGUGUCCUCCACUGGUGUAUGAUUGUGAGUGUUGUGUGGUGGUGGUCGGAGAGGCCGUAGGCACAAACUGGCAGCCGUCAGUCUGCCCCAGGGCAGCUGUGACUACUAAGGUAGUUUACCACCACCAGGGUGUGACUGUGUGAGCGAAUGAUUGAUGUAUCUAAUGUAAAGUGCUUUGAGGGUCUCUGAUAAAGCGCUAUAUGAAAUCUGAUGCAUGUCAUGACCUGUCUCAGGUGGUCACAACAAAAAGAAGGUAGACACACACCAUGUAUGAACUCCCAAACAACUCUUUAUUCAUUCAAAUUGAACCGAAUUAGAAUGUAAGAUAUGAGGUGUGUGAAUCAGUAUUGUGUAAGGCGUGCAUGGGUGGGAGUAGGUGUAUGUGUGCAAGGGUGCUGUAAACAGCAAACAUGAACUACAACUAAACCGAGUGAAACUGAACCAAGCCAACCAAAGACAAACCAAACCAAGUAAAGACAAGCCGAGCCAAGCCAAACCAAGUCAAGUUAAGUCAAGACAAGACAAGCCAAGCCAAACCAAGUCAAACAAAGCCGAGCCGAGCCAAACCAAGACAAGUCAAACCAAGUACCUGUAAAUGCAGUCAGGAGAAACAGAAGAGGGAAUUGCAAGUAACUGUGGGAUCUUAAAUACUCCAAGCACCCAUACUGCCCAGGUGUGCAUAGUUGCUCUGAUUAGGGCAUAUCGAGAAGACAACCAGACACACCUCCCACAGCAGCACGACCCUAUAGAGGCAUCACAAUAGUUUAUUCCCACAAGACUGUUUUGGACUUCAUUUGUCAAUUCUUAUUUUUUGUGCUUGUAUUUCAGUUUAGUGGGUUUAAAAUCACCAUUUGUGCCAAAGAACUGAAGGGAAAAAAGUUCUUACCUGCUCUUUUUUCUUCUUCUCUGUUUAUCCUGCUCUUUCCUCUGAACAGGAGUGUCUGAAGGAAACCUCUUAGGUGUCAGUUCUCUUUGCUGAAGUGAGUUUGGGAUUCAUGUUUCAGAGGCAGAUCCUCCUGUGGUUUCUCUCUUUGCUCCUGGUUCUCCUCCUCCUCCUCUUCUUUUCUUCCUCAUCCCUCCUCUUGAUUCCCACUCUUUUACCUCCUUUCUUUCUCUCUCUCUCUGGAGACUGAAAAGUACUUCUCCUUAAAACGAAGAUUCCUCGUGUUGGCAUAAUAUAGUGAGCAAAUUAUCUCCACUUAUUGAUUUUUUUAAACAGCUCUCCCCGGAGAAGUAUUUACAGUAUGUGGACUUGAGGGGGGAGAAAAAUCAAUAAAUGUAAGACAAACAUCUGUGGAGCUCCGCGGUGACAUGUGAGGGGGUCUACGCGGCUGAUGGAGCGCAGGAGGCGGGUAAAGUCCAAACUCGUAUUCACUCGUGUUUUUCUGCACCUUUUGUGUUGUGAUCGGCUCUGCCUGUCUGUUUCUCACACCCACCCUGGUACCCCCCUCCUCCUCCUCCUCUUUCUCCUCCACCUCCUCCUCCUCCUCUUCCUCCAUCCCACCCUACCCUCCCCUACCCCCCUCCCCUCUCCUCCUUUUAGCAUCUGAAAAGACCACUGAGUGAGAAUCGAUGGCGCAGAGGCCCGCUUGACAGGACAAUAAACCACAAAGAAGGGGUGAGUUUUUUUUCUCUCUCUCUCUCCUCCUCGCGCUCGUGUUUUUUUUCUCAAUUGCGGAUUUUUGACUCUGAAGGCUCGUCGCGGAGGGAGCCGCUCUCCUCUCGCUGCGUGGAAACGAUAUUUUAACACACGGCAUCUUUUGUUACCGCGAUAUGAUUUACAGCAGGCGUCAGCUGCCGCGGGUCCCACUCACUCACGGGGAGCGCAAACCACCCCAAAAAACGUGGAAAAAAACACAACCCCACGAGCAGGAGCGGGAGCAUUGGCGGCGGCGGCUCUACACCCUGCACCGUUUGGGACAUUGAUUUCACAUGAACACACAUUCACCUUACGUAACCUACAAACGCAUCCCGGAGAAUAGCAUGGCACUUGCCGCUGCAGGUUUAGAUGAGGGUCGUUUUGCGUGGAUUUCAUUGGGCGCUGCGGUACCUGGAGGGUGUUAAUGCGGUUCCCCUGGUUGUAAACAAGAAAAUGUCAGCAGCAGGACCGGGGAGGGAGGUUUGUCUUUUUGUUUUUUAAGAGCCCCCCUUACACACACCCCCUGGAAAAUGAGGUGAAAAUAGUGAGGAGUGUUGCGUUUGGCGUGAAGCACAUUGGGUUUUUUUCUCUCCAGCCAUGAGGAGAGAGGACAAGUCACAUCCAAGGCGCAGGGGGAGCCGUCUAUUUACAGCAGAUUUGCCUCUCAUGUCUGUGAUAGCCACAACAAUAGCUCCCAUUUUCCUCAUCAGCCUCAGGGGUGAUCAAUACUGUCAGGAAAAAAUGAGAAUAUGCUGCCAUCAUUGGGGAAGGAUCUGAGUCUCCCUUUCCGUAUCAUAUUGAUCUAAGAUGUGUUUUUGCUUGUUGGUUUAACCUCAUGUGACCUGACAGCAUGUGGUGCUGUGUGUUUGUGCCUCCAGCCUCUCCACCCGCUCACCGAGGACCGCAGAGAUGCCCCAGCAGAGGGAGGAGGACACGUCUCGGUCCCGCCGCCCCAGCCUGGCAUCCCUCCGCCGCCUCCAGACACUGAAACCCGGCCACGACAUCCCAUGAGGCCACCAGCAGAACUCAGCUCGCCUGCUCUGUAUGGGGCCUCUCACAUAUGAAGUAGGUUCAUGUUGUGAUCUGGCUCCUUUCUGCACUCAUGAUGAGACUCAUGAGGAGUUCACGGUGUUCUGUUCGGUUGGAGGACGGUGGGAUGGGAGAAGAAGAAAGGCUUCUUUGUUUUGUCUCGGAGAUGCUCUCCUCCGUCACUCUCGUCAUGUGGUUCAGAACUCUCAGAUUUGAGGGUUUGCAGAUACCUGCGACACAAAAUAACCAACGUCGUUAAAAAUCCUCUUCCAUUUUUAACCUCUUAUGAAACCAUUAGAAUCGGAUGAUCUCAAACUCAAAGAUUUCACACAUCUCUGCUUCAAAUCUGAUUGAAUCUCAUCACUUAAAGUUGGAUUUGAACUGUUGCUCGGAGAAAAUAUCAAAUUUAAAGAUGCAAUAAUGGAGCUGGGAACAUGUGACGUGUAGUUUUCCCUGAUCUAGUCCAAUUCUGAAUGAAUAAGGCACAUUUGAGCAACAAGGCAGAAAUACAAAUGACAACAUUAAAAACGAUUAAAACAAGCCUUUAAAAAUCAAAGGGCAACACAAGCAAAGAUCUAGACAUAGGAAAACAGCAUGAGGAACCACCACAAACUGCCUCAAGUCCAAUUGCUCACUGUGCGGAACCAACUGAAGUGGACCACACAGCUAUAAUAACAGUCAAUUAGACACAUUCACACCCAGAGAGACCAGAUAACCCAACAGCAUGUCUUCAGACUGAAACUGAAGCAUAUACAAGAGGCGAACAUGCAGGACCUGAAGUAGGAACAGCACUAACUGAUCAAGAUUUAUCAGGAAUGUACAUUCAGUAAAGCAGGAGAUCAAUCACAACAAAAACGUCUCCAAUUUAAGUAAGACGGUAGAAAAGUCAGAAGUGUCAGAGCCAAAAGAACAGUAUUUCAAAGGGAGCUCUGAGGGAAACCUGUAUUAUGAGGUUUGAUUCAAUAACAGGCUGAACAUGUCGAGGUCAGAGCUACCAGAGCUCUGGGGCUGGCACUAAAAGGGUUUACUCCCCUCCUGAGCUUCAACCUGGACCUUUAGACGCUCUGUAAAUCUGAGAGUCCUGAUAAAAGAUGGAGAGAUGAUAAAAUCCAGCUCCAGGCGGCUGGUUCAGCUCAGGAGGUGGAGGAGUUAAUAUCAUCGACACACAUUUCUGUAUGAUCCACUAAGAAGGUUCGGAUUGGUUCUACACAUGUUUGGGUCACUGCAGUUUUGAUCAGGUCUAAAGAUAACAACAAGAGUAAAGUCAGCGAUUCUGGCUGUUGUGAUGCGGUUGCUAGCGGAUACCGUUCUACACCUGUAUGCUUAGAUUGUAGGUGGAAACUCAAAGUGCUGUUCAAAUGUGCAUUACAGUACCGGCAAAAAGAGACAAAAUAUCAUGUGAUUGAAACCGAGUAUGUUCAUUUUGGACCUCUAUGUUUAGGACUGUGAAAUAUUUAGACACCCCGUCCAGAGAUGAAUGUUUCCGACUACUUGCUUCUCUUGUUAUACGAACUUCAUUAAUGACUGCAGGAUAGUAAUACACCGUGGUCUAUGUCUCCAUGCACAAACCUCAACCAAAACGCCACUCUAUAGCCACAAAUAAUGCUCAGAACAGCACCUAAUGAAGUUAGGUGCUGUUCUGAGAAUUAUUUGUGGCUAUAGAGUGGCGUUUUGGUUGAGGUUUGCGCGUGGAGAUGUAGAUUGCUGUGUAUUGCUAUCGUGCGGUUGUUACUAAAGUUGGUAUAACUAGCGGUCGGCAACAUUCAUCUCUCGAGGGGAUGUCGAGCUCCGUGUUAUGGUGUGUUUGACCAUAACUUAAUUUUACGCCAGACUAUUCCUUUAAAUCGCCCGUACAUAAAAAGCCAUCAAGAGAACAUUGCCUGUGAAGACAACAGAAGUAAAAUUGUGUUGUGUUUCUUCUUUCUCGUAGUUGACAUGGAGGAUGAAGAUGGGACUUGCCUACUUGAUGUUUUGUGGUGAGUCUGCUUGAUUCUCACUUGGAGUUCUUAAGUCAUGUCCCUGCAGAUAAGGUUGUUAAAUAACGAGACCAGGUUUUAUUUGUAAGGGAUGGGUAGAUGUGUAGUUAGAGUCCCCAGAAAGGCUGAGGUGAACGAUGGGGAACACGGCGAUCCACUGUUACUAAUGAUAUCAAAUAUUUACCAAAAUGUAAGGACGUGAUCGAUGUGAUUUCCUCUUUGUCUCUGCAGUGACCCCCAAGCCCUGAACGACUUCCUUCAUGGGACCAAUGAGGUGAGUAAAGAGUUUUAAAUGGAGAGGGACUCAAAUAAAAAAUCAAUUGUGUAAAUGAUAAGAUCCAGAUGGGAAUAUUUCUUGGCACAUGUUUGAGGUAGCUGCACAAAAGAGGGCUGUCAGAGUGAAAGGAGUGGUGAUGUUUUACUGCGGUGUGCAGUUUUAUUACUGACUGAAUCGGACCUAAAACCGACUGUUCCCCCCCACCAGCUGCAGACUGAAGACCUGCUCAUUAACUCUUCCUCUGGGGAGCCCUCUCUCUUCACAGACGCCCCGGUGAGUGUCUGGAUCCACAGCCUGCAGCGUCACAACAAACCUGCAUGUUCCCCAAGAGUCUGAUUCUUUCUCUGAAACUGCUUCCUGUUAACUCCUGUUAAUCGCACUUCCUCCCCUCCUCCUCUCCUCUCUCCUUCUCCUCCAUCCUCCUCUCUGCACCGCUCUUUCUGCCUCCCACUGUUUCCUCCCUAAGAGCCCCGUCUCUCUGCUGGGAGAUGGCAGGGAUUCCCCAGACACCCCACCGCCUGGGUGUGUGGAUCUGUCCUUCCUGGAGGAGGCCCUCCUGUCAUCGCCGGAGGGAGGGGACGACCCGCAGGUGGUGCAGGGUGAGACACCUGUGGAGCCCGGGUUUGAGGCAAAGAAGGAAGAGGUGGAGGAGACGGGGGAGGCCGAAGUUGCGUGUGAUAUCCUGCAGCAGAGCCUGCAGGAGGCAGAGAUCACAGAGCAGACCAUGGCUCUGGAGGCCGGUCUGCAGGGGGACAGCCUGUCCCUGUACUCCCCCGCCCCUCUCCUCUCGCCCCCCUCUGUGCCGUUUGUCUCCAAGUCCGUGACCUUACCCCAGAUCACCCCUGCUCUACCCAGAGACACCCAAGCAGCAGUGGAGCCUCCCCAGCCCUCCCUCCUGGCUGUUGGUCCAGGCUGCCCUUCUCUUAAACCUGCGGCCCCCCCUCAGCUGAUGGGGCUCCUGCCUGGAAACGUGUUCCCUGCCGCCUCCCCUGAGACCUCCUUCUCUCUGAGUCCGGCCCAGGGGUCCAGCAUGAUCAUCCACAAAGCUGUUCCCAGUGUGACCAGUCGUCCUCUCAUCACCCCCACCCUCAGAGCGGCAGCAGCGGCUCCGGGCAUCGUCCUGCAGCGCGCCCCCCUCCCCAUCCAACCCAAGCUGCCCAUCAGCAUCCAACCCAGACUGGUCCAGAUCAGCCCCAAGCCUUCUGGGCAGAAACCUCCUCCAGGUCUUACCUUUGUCCCUGGGGCUGCCUCACCAAAUAUUUUACUCUCACAACCUCCAGGCCCGAAGCCCUCUGCCCCCCCACCGCAGCCCCCCCAGCAGCUCCACAAACAGCUCAGCCUGCAGCUGGUCAACCAGGGCGGCUCCUUUGUGCUGCAGCCUCAGGGACUCUUCCAAGGCCAGAACCAGUUCCUUCUUCCAGGCCAGUCCCCUGUCACACUUGCUCAGUCUGCUGCUGCAGCCCGACCUCUGCUGACCCCCAGCCACCACGGCCCACCGGUCCACAGCCUGACCCCCUCCCCUGGGCAGCUCGUGGACGGCUCUCAGAUCCUCACUGUGCCCCAAAGACAGCUGAACUUCAGUCCGGUCUUCACCCCUACAGGGCAGCUAGCGCUCCGCCAGGCCACUGUGCUUUCAGGACCCUUGCAGCUGCAGUCGGCACCUCCUACUGUCUUCCAGAUGCCGGCACAGCUGGCUGGAACCUACACAGCGGGGGGACAGGGGCAGCGUGCCACCCUGGUCCACAGUCCCGCUCUUGGAAACCACAUCACCCUGAUCAACAGUUCAGGAGUGCUUCCCUCAGAUCUCACUUCCAUCUCGAUCGUAAACGGCCCCUCGGUGGUCCAGGGUUUGCCCUUCGCCGCCCCAGCCCCUCAGACCGCGAUGGCAGAUGCACAGCUGAGCCUCCAGCAGGCGUCUGUGGUGCUGCUGCCAGAGAGAGCCGUCCAGGAGGAGAGGAGCAGCUCCGAGGAGACCUUCCACCAGCUCCCACAGGUCAGCAUCCCUUCACCACCCCAAAGUUUCAUCGUCAUAGUAGCACAACAAGACACUAGGGAUGGGAAUUGAUAAGAUUUUAUGGAUAUCGAUGCCAUUAUCGAUUCUGCUUAUCGGUUCAAUUCUUUAACGAUUCCCUAAUCAAUGCCUUUCUUUGAUUUUAAAAAAAAAAGGUAGACUAAAAUGUAUGUAUUCGAUACCGCGCCCUGUUGACAAAUGUUAACGCAUGUUGCUUGUGUUUCCACCUUUGCAUGGUGUCACUGCUCAACAAACGUUGCAUGUUGCACUGUUGUCGUCUCUCCUCGUAAAUUAAGCCACGCUUUAAAUCGACUUUUCAUAUGGUCCGCCAUGCUUUUGAUCUGUCUCUGUUCUCGUAGACUGGCACUAGCGAAACCGUUUUUUAAGGCAUCCAGAAGAAAGGAAUCGUUAAGAUAAAAUGUUAAUGAUGUCGAUGGAUUGAACCAUUUGGAGCCAGUUCUCAACAAGAACCGGUUCUCGAUUCCAAUCCCUACAGGACACUCUUCUGUUUUUUUUUUUGUAAAAUUGAUUUGAACUACAAAACUAAACAUGGAGUAUAAUACUGCGUUCCAGUUACCUCUAAUGUCGGAUGUCAGAGCUGGGAAUGACGUUACACCUGAGUUGGCAGCAUUCCAGUAAACAAGUCGGAAAACCAAGAUGGACGCCUACAGUUAGCCGUUGUUAGCUGUUGUUUACAACUGUCUUCUGUUGUUAGUUGUUGUUAGUUUUACCAGUCGUAAAUUAUGAUGUUAUCGUCAAGUCGGCCUUGGUGAUGAUCGUCCGACUUCCCGAGUCGGAAAUCCGUCUCCUCGGGGGAGUUCCAGAUGAAUUUUCAACUCAGAGCUCGGAAAUUCCGACUUCUGAAUACAACUGGAACGCAGCAUUACCUGCAGUGGUCUUAGCUCUUACAUGUUUGUCUUUUCUUUGACAGCAGUAUGGACAUGUCCUCCAGCAGGUCUCUGUGCAGCCCCCCUCUGCAGGUCUGCAGUCCUCUCCUCCUCCUCCUCCUCCUCCUCCUCCUCCUCCUGUGGUUACAGUCCUGCAGCCUCCUCCUGAACCUCCUCUGGCCCCCGACCCAGCCGUGGAGAUCCCUAAACUUCUGAUAUCUCCCGCUGACAUGAGCCAAACAGAAGAGGAGGAGGCGGCACACUCGCUAAGUCAGAACGAGGCCUUUAUGCAACAUCUGCAACAGGUCAGACACUCUGUGAUUCCUCGGAGAGUCAGAGAGAGAAAACGAAAAGAAAAACUGUAAAAUCACAAUCUGAGUUUGUUUGAGUAUCAGGAUUUAACUCCACAUUUUGAGCCUCUCUUUGUCUCCUUUCUGUCACAGCAAGCACUUAGUUCUCCUCUCACGUCCGAGCUGUUGGUUGGAUCUCUGCCGGUGGUGCAGAUGGAGUCACUGAACUCUCCGCUCACUGAUGAGAGGGAGACCCCACAGCAGACUCUUCCAGUCUCGGGUCAGGACUCCCACAGCGGGCUCUCUGAUCAGUGUGUGGAGGACUCUCCGCUUCACUCAGACCCUGAGGACACACCGCUGAUCUGCUCCCCUGCUCCGGUCCAGGACACAGAGAGACCGGUUUCGACUAGCUUCUCUCCGCCUCCUGCUGCACCUGAGGGCUCAGUUCCCCAGAUCACAGCUCCACAGCCUCACAGUGAGCCACAACAAGUCCAGUACCAGGUCCCUCAGCAGGUCUCACAGGCCCUGUUUGCCAGGAACCAGGUGCAGCCCUCUGUUUCCCAGCCUCAGCCCUCGGUCCAGAGCAGUCCACCCCCUCUGCGUGUCUCGGUGCCUCAGCAGCAGUCUGAUCCCACAGCUGCUCCUGCAAGUCUCUCCAAAGGAGGAGACGCCCCCGCUGUCCAACAGCACACACACAACAGUCAGUCCCUGAGACACAUGAGUACUGAUCACCUCUGUAGUCCCUGUGAUCCGGACUAUCCUCCUCAACACCUCCACUCUCUCUGUUUCCUCCUCAGAGCCAACAGCUGCCUUGGUCCUGGAGAGUAAAGCCUUUACUCCUGAUGUCCACCCACCCUCUCCUGCAGCACCGGGUCUCCAGGUUCAGGGGCCACCGGCUCCUCGAGACGUGGAUCCUGCACAGACCAGCCAGCAGACCAGCACCAAGGUGAGGAUACACCUGAAAACAGAGCUCAAAUAAAAUGACACAGAUAUUAAAAUGUGUCUGAAAUGUCCUCAGAGCUGAAUCAACAGGCUUUGAAAUGAGGUUUCAGGUUAAUUGAAGCAAACGAAUAAACCUCUCUGUCUCCGUCCUCUCAUCUCCUCUCUCUCUGUCUUUUCCAGCUGGCAGCUCCGCCGGAGCAGCAGAGAGAGGAGAGGCUCACACCAGCAAUGCGCCGGCACAGGUAAGAACAGAGCAAUGACUCAGACUGAUGAACUGAAAUGAUGGAGGAAGAAACCGUGAAAUCGAAACCAGUCAGCAGAGAGUUCCUGUCGGCGACUUUCCCACUUCACCUCUGAGUGUUUCGGACGAAGUUUGUUCGGUAAUGCACGGACAAUUUGUCUCCAUAGCAACCCUAGCAGGCUCCUUUAAACCAGGGGACCUCUGCCGCUCCAGUUUUAGGGGACUGUGAGUGAAUAAUUCUUUGUUUUAAUGAGGUGAAGGUGUUCAAACUAAUCCUGAGUUUCUCUCUAAAGCGUCUAAUCUGGUCUAAUCAGCUGACCCGCGGCGUCCUCCAUCAUGGUUCUUCAGGCUUAUUCUGGAUAUGAUGAGCUGCAAAGAGGCUUUCUUACCUCAGUUUUAAUCAGCUGGUUCAUGUGUUAACAGCUGACUGGAUUAACUCUGAUCCUGCAGUCAUGUUUGUAAUCCAGGUCCUCUAGGACUCCUUUUAUUACAGCUGAGAUUAACAGACUUCCUCACGACGAACUACUGAUUAUGUGAAUAAAAUGCUCGACAAAUCCGUGACUUCAGAUCUUUAAACCACAGCUCCAAAGUCCUUGUACCUGAGAAUGAUCCUGAGUGGUUUUCAGAGGGGAAACUGAAGUCCCUGGAUUUGUUUCAGACCUGGAGCUGAGUGUCUGUAUUUUCAGACUGUUGUGGACUGAUGGUUUUUGUUGUGUCACUCAGGUUCCAGCAGCAGAUUUGUUCGGACCACAGAGCGGUCCACUCCCCCUUCACCGGCCUGGCCUUUUCCACACUGAAGGACGCUGUCAGACGCCUGCUGCCCUACCACACCUGUGCAGGUCACCUGCCCACUCAGGAUGACUUCGACUUAGGUACAUGAGCUUUGGCUAAAGGUUGUAAAUUGGAAAGUUGUUCCUUGAAGUGAAGACAAAUCAUUUAGAGCUCCCCCUGCUGACUGGCUGCAGUACUGCAGGAAUGUGGGACUGAGGUCACACUCCUGCAAAACAGAACAUUUGUCAACAGAGCUGUCAAUCACUUACCUCUUUAACAUCAAAUAACUGAUUAAAAUCUUCCUAGACAUAAAUCAGCGUGAUGAGGUCCAGUUUUAAUAACAGAAACUAUGUCUGAGAAAAAAUGAUUUGACGUGUAUUUCAGUUUAUCAAAGAGGGGGGUGGGGUUAAGGGCCUAUACUGCAACCAGUCAGCAGAGGGAGCUCUAAAAGUUUUGGUUUCUUUUUAGGGAAUAUUUUUAUCAUUUACCCUCAAAACAGUUUGUAAUUGUAAAAGUUGUAAAAACCUAAUUUUGUAGAAAACAGGGCUGGGCGAUAUGUCCUCAAAUCAAUAUCACGAUAUAUUGAUCAGUUCACCUUGAUAAAGAUAAAUGGACGAUAACUACUCCACAAGCUGCUCACCCCCUCCCACAUUAACUUCGUCUACUUCAGCCGCUCCAACUUUUGAACCGUCCUCCAUCUCCUCACCUGUCUUUCCCUCUUUGUUACAGACUGGAUGGGGCGGAGUCAUGUCUCUGACGUAGAUCUUAAAGGGACAUGAGACCAUAGCCUACCUACACACAUCAAAACCAACUUUAUUUUUUUGACACCGAAUAUACCGACAUGGGCAAAAUGACAUCAGUUAUUAUUGUUAAUUUCAGUAUCGGUAAAUUUUCCAUUUAUCGCCCAGCCCUAGUAGAAAAUACGCUCCCCUGUGAUCUCUGGCUUUGAAAUUGUGCAGAAUCAAAUAUUUCUUAUUUCAUAACAAGGAUAUUUGUCGUCUCACAGUGGACCAGGAGUUUGACAGUGUUUCUGGUUUCCUGCUGAAACGCACCAAGGACAUGGUCAACAAAUACAGGCAGCUACUGGUCAGAGAAGCUCAGGUAAGACAUGCGGCGGUGUUCCCGUCAGUUGACUCCCAAAGUCCGAGCUGUCCGGUGGUGACGCCUUGUUUGUGAACUGUCUCUGCAGCAGGAGAGCCCGUCUGCUGAGAUGGUGAUGCUGGAGCGUCUUUUCCUCCAGGCUGAGCGAAGCGCUUUAGCCGAGGACAGACGGAGAGUCCGCAGAGACCCAGGUCAGUGUCCCAGCAGGAGGAAAACACAAACACCACCGCCGCCGCCGACUGCUUCUGUGUGUGAACACAUCCAAUUUGAGUGUUAAAUCCCAGCAGAGAGACAGAAAAGUGAAUUAGUAACGCUCUCUCUGUUUUUAUAACAAACCCAUUCAGCGGUGCCUCAGAGCGCAGCACUUAACCUCAUAUUUGCUCGGGAGCAGCUCCCAGGUGUGAAGGCGUAAUUAAGCCGGCGUGUGAAUGUGGAGCGGGGUCGUGCUGAGAGAGACUCGGCACCAAGACAAGAACAUUACACCAGAGGGGCGAGGAGCAAAUUAAAGCCGGGUUGUUAUGUUAAUUAAAAAGUUGGACAAAUAAGGAGAAGGGCGCUCCUGGACUUUAGUGGACGUCAUGUAUGUCCUCUACUGGACCCCGCCAAAUUAAAAUACCAGGUUUUUAUGAGUUUUUUACUAAUAAACAGGGACGGUUGGUGUCAAUAAAACCAAACACUCGUCCUCGAACAUCAGUGCACAUGGUUAUCGUUUCACUCCUUCAAAGAGUGAUCCUGUUCGCUUGAUUAACCUAACCUGACACGCACUGUGCUUAAUGACGGUGGUUUUGAGUCCAUGCGGUGGUUUCCACUUCAGAGUCACAUCUGGUUUUAAAGCAGUGCUCCCUGAUUUACAGAGAUUCCUCCAGAUUCUUUAUAAUUUACUGAUUUUACAUGUUAAUUGAUGAAAAUGAUAAAAUUCUUCAAGUCUUUAGUUUUAAUUUGGUAAAAAUUUGCUUCAUCAUUUGCUCACGCAGUCUCUCACAGCCCAUCCAUGUCACUAACCUGUGGAAAAAUAACAGUUUAGGUUACAAAACAUUUUCUGUGUUUUGUUGUUUCUUUUUUAAAAUGUGUUUCUGGCAUUAAAUCAGAAUUUUUCUCUCUGGUUGUCAAAUUUAAAGGUCGUCGUUGCACUACUUUUAUACUAAUUUUGGCUUUAAAUAAUUUGCAAAUCGUCAAACUCUGUUUUACAAACAAUUACCUGCUCAGUAGAUCAAACAUUAGAUGCAGCAGUUUAUCAGAAACCCUCUCAGGUCUCAUUUCCUCUCUCUGUCUCAGUUUUCUGAUGAAAAUGUAAUUUUUCCAGCGACCAUAUAUGGUCGCUUAUUUCCUGUCGUCUGGUCUGUUCUAGUUUUCACAAACUUGUGUUUCUCUCCUCCAGAGUCCUUCAUGAUGGCCUUGGCUUCAUCAGCGUCUUCCCCCUACUCCUCCUCUGGCCCCUCCCACUCCUGCUCCUCCGGCAGCCCCUCCUCCCCCCCGUCCUGGAGCAGACUGUCGGACCGCCCCCCGGGCCUGAAGACGUACCGCUCCAGCUCUCGCGGUGCCCUCAGGCUCACCAUCAAACAGGAGUCCGGCUCCCGUAAGGUGGUCCACAACUCUGCCUGCGACCCCGGGCUCAAGAGGGACCACACGGGUCAGCUGACCAACGGGGGCGGAGCUGCGACUGAACGCCACUCUCAGGCACCAAACGGAGCGUCCCAGCAUCCCCAGCAGGACGAGGAGAUCUCAAACGGAGCUCUGACCUGUGACCCGGCAGAGGAAGUCCAGCAGACCGCACCCGCUUCCAAAAUAAAAGCCCCCCAGAACCCCCUUUCUAUGCCGGAGGCCGCUCGCUUCGAGUUGAGAGAUGUCAGCGCCCCGAAACUGAAAUGCUUCAGGUUGGAUGCGUCGCCUCGGUCGGAGCAGAGCUUCAGCCCCCCUCCGCCUCCCCCCCUCCAAGAGGACAACAUGCUCAGUGAACAUCUGCAGAGUGCCAUCGACAGCAUCCUGGAGCUGCAGCGCCUGCAGGGCCCCUCUGCAGCCCCGACCAGGGCCCCGUCAGGCCCCUCACUGGACCAGGCUGUCACCAGCAUCCUGGGGGGGCACCUGUGAGACGUCCACACGGAUCCAGGAGCAUCCGAACAUGAGGUGGGAUCAGAGAACUUCUUACUGAGAGGUUUCUGGGUUCACUUUGAAAGAACUGAGAUAAGAGGAGGAGGAGGAGAAAAUACAGAGGCACUAUAAAGAGAUGCAUACCAGACAACAGCACUAUCUAUAGUCCCAUAGAUGUUAGAUACUUCAUUUCGAUGUACGUUUGUGGAAAAAAAAAAGUCUAUUUGAAUAGGAGCUAUAUUGUUUCAGUGGUAGUCAAGUCAUUCAGAGGUUUACGACACUGGUGUGAGCUUCAUCAGCAUAUAGAGUCUAAGUAAUAGUGAGGAUCAAAACGAACACGUGGACUGAGUAGACUGAGAUUAUUCAAUAGUUUUUUAUAAGAUUUCUUUCCAAAAUGUGAAGUUUCUUUGACAUAGUGCCAAGCUUCCAGGGUAUUUAUUUUGAUAAUCUGUGCCAACUGUGUUUCAGAUGAGUUGCAUUGAGAAAGGCAGCGAGUUUGUGUGCAUGUGUGCGUGCGCGAGUGUGUGUGUUUGCGUGUGUGGAAACAUUGCAUCCUGCAGCGGGACAGUGCAUAAACCCCGCCCCCCUGCAGGCUCCGUCAUCUCGGCUUAUCGAAUGAAACUCCAAAGAAUUUGUGACUUGCUACAUCCUGAAUACACCAGCAACCGUCCGUGUCGUGUCUCCUCACACAAACUGGAGUGUGUGUUUGUCGAAGCAGAAAGAACACAAAGGAAAAAAAAAGAAAACAAACAAACGCGAUAAAGCAGUCGUAGUUUUUGUUGUCGUUUUUAACCCGUUUGGACCCGUUUGUAUCAUUCAUGCUGGAGUCUGACUGUGAAGUAUCUGGAGUUUGAGACUCUCAGUGUGUCCCAUGCGUUAUGUCUUAAUAACAUUUAAGCAAUAAUGAGUUAGCGUUGUGAGGAGGAGGAGGAGAUGGAAGAAAAACUAACGCCUUGUUCCUGUUGCACAGUCGGACUCCACUCAGAUUAAACCCCUGCGGUCUGGUUUUCUAUUUGGAGAAGUUGUGGUCAGUUGCUGCUGCUGGUUUGCCGAAAUUCAGACCUUCGAAAGCAAAGAGGUUGCCACGGUGACAAGUUAUAAUGACUAAACAUGGGGAAAAAAAGAGUCCUACUGUAUCCUCAAAAGUCCAAAUAAGAUUAACGGUUUAAAAAGGUUUAAAAAAAGUAAAAUAUGAGAAAAUGAAACACUGAGAUAAAAAGUCAUCUCAUGAGAAAAUUUCACUCUAAAGAAUAAAUGUAAAAAAUUAUGUUUCCGUUAUUAUUAUUAUAGAUAAAAAUGUAAGAAUAAUUUUAAAAAAUCCAAUUUAUGAGAAAAAAAUUUGAUAAAAUUUUAAAAAAUAAUCUAAGACAGAUUAAAUCAUCUUUCUGUCCAAUAAUCUUACUUCAUAGAUUUUAAAAAUUCAUUAUUUUGAGAUAUAAAGUCAAAAUUAUGAGAAAAAAGAAUUGAAUCAUGAUUUUCACUUUUAGCCGAUAAUUAAAAAUGGUCAUUGUUAAUAUUUUAUUCAUUUUGGCUCUUUUUAUUUUGUUUUUUUAAAUUACCUAUAUUUCCUUUUAUCCAAUUUUGACUUAUGACUUGACUUGUAAAAAAACUUUUUUAUACUGACAUUUUUUUCUUGUCUUUUAUAUUUUUCUUCAUAAUUUCUGUUUUCCCCUCACAAUUAUUUUUUAUCUCCUAAAUAUGACUCUAAACCGGAAAACUAUGACCUUCUCUGCAUAAAUCUAAUCUAAUUUUCUAACCUUGACUUUUUCCUCACCUUUUUUUUUGCCACCCGAAUGCUUUCUCUUUUUCUGACGGUGGUUUUUAAUAAUGAGUAAAAUGACUUUAUGACCACAUUAAUUUUUUUCUCUAUAACCAGGACUUAGAGGUUGUUUUAUCACAUGUGACAAAUCUCAGUAUUUCAACUUCCUCAAAAUUUCAGUUAUUUGACUUCAUAAAAAUGAUUUUUUAAUCACACAUAUUUGACUUUUUAUCCUUAAGUAUGAAUUUCUUUUAAUUAUGACUCUGUUUAUCCAGAGUUUUUAUUAUUAAAAAAAUGAGUAUUAACCACAUUCUUCCACAAAAUUAUAAUUUUCCGUCAAAAAUUUCCCCCAAAUUUUUUAAUUUACUUUGACUUUAUUUAGAUGGUUAAAUUAACUCUCGGAAAUCGGUGCUGACCACAACUUCCAGUUCAAACCAGCUGAGUGGAGCCAAAGCCGUGCAGUGAGGAGAAUGAAGCAGGAUUGUUUAGAGGAGUGAAGGAUGUGUGUUUUCUUUUGUCAGCCCGUGUAGUUCAGAGGAUUUAUGUCCGACAUGUUCGAGGGUCACUUUAUGACACAAGUGUUCAUGCAAUUGUCCAGUUUAAACAAGAAAAACACCAAAAUUGUAUUUUUUUCCCACAACACACUGUACAGAACGAAAGCCUCUCUGCAUCAUCAAACAGCCUUUGACCAAAAAAACGAGAGAAAUCAUCCGCUUCACCUCUUCACAUCUCGAUUUCUCUUCAUUCGUGACAUUAUUUGACUGAACUCUGCCGCACCAAUCUGAGGGUUUAUUUUCUUUCAGGCAGCAUUUGUGGAGCUAUCUUGUUUCUGCAGCAUCUUCUGAUCAUGUGACAAUCUUACAGGCCAGUUUGGACACAUGUGAAUUCUUCUCCUGUAAAAUUGGUGAGAGAUUAAAUAAGCAAAAUAGACUUGGUAGAUAAAUUUUACCUCAAAGUUUUAAACGUUAAGGCUGCAAAUUAGUUGGCAUUGAUUGAAAAAUGUAGAUUUUGCAGGUUAAAUAAGGAGAUUAGUGAAUUGGAAACGAUUGAAUAUGCCUUAUUAUGAGAAGAUCAUUAAUAUGAUGAUUUAAAAAACACUUCCAGAGAUUUGGGGCUGAGAUCAAACAGGCCUUUUUAUUUCUUAUAUUGCAUUUUGUAUUUAUGUUAAUGUGUAAAAUGUUCUUUUGUUGGGACGAACAAAAGGAGUUAUAAUAUGCAGUAAUUUAGUGAGGAGAUCCUCUGAAGUAGUCCGGGUGGAAACACACCUGAGAUUUGAUCUAGAAGCAGUUUGAGAGUUUUACAAACACUUCUCUAAAACCCAGUAUCUCUUUAGAACGGGUUCUCGCCAAAAGUUUUGCAGUAAGAAAAUAAGUUUUUGACUAAAACGAAUCUGUUAUACAGGACAAUGACGGACCAAGAUGAGGGUUAAACUCGGUUACUUACCUGAUGGUAAUCGUCGGUGGUUAUAUUGAGUUCCGGUCUCCAUGUUGGCCUCUCUUCCCGUGUUUCAUGUCGCUUUCAAUCUAUGCUGUCGAAAUAAAGCCCGGAAACACGUUAAAAUCUUUUAAAAAAUGGAAUAACACGAUAAUGGUUGAAUUAAAUACCGAGUGUGUUGACGCUAUGCUCCCAGCUCGGUUCUACUGCCCCCUACUGGCCAAAAACUAAACUCCACUUCCUCAUUGUUCUAAAGUAUUUGAGUAUGUAAUAAUCCGCCGCUGUUUUUUAAUUAAUGGUAUAAUAAUCCAAGGAUUAUUAAGAAAUUUUCUUGGUGUAAAAUAGCUUUCUUUCCAGAGUAAACGAGAGUUUUCCAUAAUUACCAAAAACAGAAAAAAGAAAAAUAUCACGUAGUUUUUUGAUACUUGUCAUUAAAUCAGAGAAACAGCAGAAUUUUUCUCCGUAAUCCGCCCUCAUAUGUGCAUAUUUUACACACAAAAAACUCUCGAAAAGCAGCAUUUAGUAUCAGUGCAGCAUUUAUUUAAAUAAUAAAUCAUGGGACAAAAUCUUAAAGUGCAUCCAGAUACAAGAACUGCUCAAUAAUAGUCAAAAUUACGGAAUUUUAAACGGAGUUAAAAGUAAGAUUUAUCUUGAUAGGUUAAUGAACUACUGUGAUUGGCAUUUUUUAAAAGGUUAAAACAUUUAACAGUCGAACAAACGAAGAAUUAGGAGUAUUUUUGUGACCGUUUCAUUUUGGCGGGCUAGCUACUAGCUAGCUAUUUCCUGUCUUUGUUUCAUGCUAAGCUAACACGCUAUUUGGGUUUUUAAUCCCACACUUCACAGAUAGAUUUCUAACUGAGGGGUAUGAGGGUCUGUUUUUCCAAAUAAUAAAGUAUUCCUGUCCUGGAGAUAUUAGGAUGAAAUGUUCAGGUGUGUUUCCACCCUCAGAGGUUUCUCUGUAAUGCAGUAAAGAUGUCAGAGUGUCUUUCACAUCACAGGAUUGCACUCCUUGUCACGAUUUACUUCUAAAAAGGGAAAUUCCACCAAAAUGUUAAAGUUUUUUUUUAAAGACAGUGUUUUCUGACUUGUGCCCAUGUUUUCCCUCUUCCUAAAAAAAGUCAGAAUCAGUUGAUCAGUUUUGGUGGGAUCCCUUUCCUGAGGCAGCCUCAUGUGCCAUGGUUUUAUGUCUGCAGUGUCAAACACUGGACUUUAGAAAUGUGCUUGGUUUUGUCAGCAUCUGCAUGUUGAGCCAUUUUGGUAUUUAUUUGUAAAUGUAUUUUUUUAUUUACUUAUUUAUUCUUUGUUUUCUGACUGAACUGUGAAACCAGGGGAGCUCAUAACUCUAUACUAAUUCAAAAUACAAAACAUUUGACUGACAGAUUGUUCUGAUGCCAAAAUCAAGAGGCCUUAAUUCAGCAAAACUAGAUUGUAAAAAAAAAAGAAAAAAAAAAAAGAAAAAAAGUCAUUCCUGACAAAAAAAUCCAACUGAAGACUCCUUUGAGCUGAAAGUCACGAGUGAUUCAUAUAUGAAAUGUUAAGAAAACCGCUUUUGUACUCAUUUUUACAGACUAUUUAUUAAACUGUGAUUUUGUAAGAAAUAAAAAAGAAGCAAUGAAAGUGGUCGUGUUUGUGGUGUGAUGACUUCUUUUCCAGCAACUUAAUCCGCAGAUUAAUUAAUACAAACAUUACUUUUAUUUUUUUACAUUCACAAUUUAGGAAAACAAAACAGCUCGCAGGCUCACAUCCAGGAAUCAAGACAAAGCAGCUGUGUUGUAAAUUCAUCCAUCACACUCCACAAAGAUAAAAUCUGCCUUGCAAAGAGGGAGAGGAGGGAGGGUUUAGUGUUCUCAUUAAAAAAAAGUUGGCACCUCUUCUUUACCGGGCUGUUUGGAUUCUGUAGGAGGUCUCGUUCUGCCGCUGCGUCUGCUCUCCGGUCGGGUUCGGAGAUUAAGAGGCACGUUAAAACACGAGCCAUAGAGGAGUCCGAACCCUCAGGAGAAUCAGCGGCAGGACACAAACAUCAGGAGAGAAAUAAUCAACUUUACCGAAGGGCGGCAUUCGUCUCCCUCUGUGACGUUAUUACACACCGAACAUGUGAGGAGGAGGAGGAGCUCUAAGGCACCUUGAAACCAGACUAAGUUUGAUUUCUAGAUGCUUCUGAGGAUCUCACCGUUCAUCUGUUGACUGAAAAGAGGCAACAGACGGAAAACUAAAGCAGGGCAGAGGGUUAAAGAAUAUAAAUAUUAACAUGAGACUCUAUUUCUGAAAGAAAAUAAUGAGUCGCUUCAUUUCAAGUCUUUCAUAGUUCAUCACAGCUGCCUUUAGAGCUGCACAUGCUGAAACGUUUCAGUCUCUUCUGCUCACUUUUAAAAAACCUAUCAGGCUUCUGAAAUAGAAAGAGCGUCUGUGAAGUUCUGACCCAAACACGGGCGAGUUCAGUUUCUUUCCUCAGUCUGUAGCAGCGUCCGGGUCCUCACGUGGUCCCACAGACCGUCAGUUGAGUUUGACGGGCAGGUCCACUCCAUAUCUGUGGAGGAACUUGCUGUGGUUGUGGUCCACGGACCAGAGAGGAGGGAGGUGCUGGGGCUGCAUGGAGGUGAGGAAGUGCUGCCUCCAGCGACGCUCCAGCUCCAUCAGACCCUGCAGGCCCCGCUCGGCGUGGGCCUGAACCACCUUCAGACCGUGAGGAACGUACGCCUCAUUGAAGAUCCUGCAGAGGAGAGAGGAGGAGUCUGAGAUAGAACUAGAGAAGCAAGCGGUCGACAACAUUCAUCUUUUGAGAGGGUGUCUAACUCGGUGUUACGGUGUAUUUGACCCUAAGUUAAUUUAACGCCGGAAUAUCCCUUUAAGUCAAGCAAAACAUCUGCAGAUCAAACACGGUCCAAUCAGAUCCUGGUCUGGCGGUGGAUGAUAGUUGUGGAAAUCGUCUUCCAGCAGCUUCAGCUCUGAGCACAAAUUCUUAGCUUGGAUUAAAGACACUGACUCGAUGUUCCCCCUCCUCUGA